AAGAGCGUUUUGUGCUUCUAGACUAGGCAUGAGAGAUCUGCCGAUGUCGGUGGCAUUCUUCGCCGCCGUUGAAGUCGAUACCGUCCUUCGCAAAGAGUCCAUUCAUGAUUGUAAAACCCCAUCGAAUCCUCACGGCUUGCAGAACGGAUAUGAAAUACCGCCCGGCGAGAGUUUAGACGUAUGGGCCGCUUUGGAAAAAUCCGGCGGCUCGCUAGGUUCUUGGCACAACGCGAAAAGUCGUAAAGUUAAAACAAACGCGGAUUCCACCGUUGAAAAGUCAUCGCGGCCUGUCAAUAAAUUAAAUAAACGGAAUUUAUAAAAUCAAUUUUGUAUUACGAUUUUCGGAAACGCAACAUUUGGUUUCGCCAUAUUCAAGUAAAGAAGAAUCAAUGAAAGAAAAAAAAUAAAAGUAAUUAUAUUUUUAGUUUUAUUUCACGGGUCACAAUGUCGUCUGUAGCAACGAAGCGCAAAUACGUUUUUCAAGAACUCGGGGAUAUGAGUCUUCCCAAGGAUUCGCAAAGCAUCGUACGAAUUGUCCAGGCACGCGGUCAUAAUCUUCACGAGGUUGUCACUCCUGCCGGAGAACAGUACAUUGUCUCCAUGCCCACAAAAUUUAGGCAAAAUAUCUGGGUGAAGAGAGGUGACUACAUUAUUAUUGAACCAAUUGCGGAAGGCAAGAAAGUCAAGGGCGAAAUUGUCAAAAUACUUACGAAGGAUCACAUAAAAUGGUAUCGUGAACAAAAUUGUUGGCCGCCGGAAUUUGAUGAGGAUCCAAAGAGAAACGGACAUUCGAUAGCGACGAAUUAUACCACGUGCGACGACGAAGAGCUUUUUGUGAAUACGAAUAGGCGUCCCGUUAACGAAAAAACAGACAGCGAAAGUGAUACAGAUUCUAGUGAAUCUAAUUCUCACUAACUCAGGAUUUUUCUUUUUGCGUAUGACAUAAAAAUGUACAUAAUAUAAUUUUGUAUUUGUGAUUUUGAAAACAGGUUUUUUUCUAUUAUUAUUGUGUAUAUAUCGUUAAGUAAUAAAAAUAUUUUUUACAUAUAA